AUGUAAACAACAACACUCAUUGGUCAGGCCCGUUUACAUUUGUUCAAGGAGCUGAUACACAGUUUGGAUUAAUUGAUUUCUUCAAAAACAAUUUUACUGGUGGUGGUGUUUGGUCGGAAGAUUUGGCGAUUUUUAAAGAUGCAAUCACAGAAUGGAACGCUCUUAACCCUAUUCCAAAGUUUGUGACUAUUUGCGGUGAUCUAGUUAAUGAUAUGCCGCAAGAUCCACACAACAACCGAAGCAAGCAGUUAAAUGAUUUCAAAAAUGCCCUCACCUCACUUCGAAAGGAAAUUCCAUUAGUGUUGCUUGGCGGAAAUCACGACUUCCUUAACACGCCAACGAAUGCCUCCAUCAAGGA